AUGGCCACCUUGGACGACUCCUCCGGCCACUCCUCCCGCCAGGAGCCGCCGUCCUAUCUCGCAGGGUGGCGACUUGGCGUGGUGAUUACCUGUCUAUUCUUUGGUUCUUUUCUGAUUGCGUUGGACACUAAUAUCAUCAAUGUUGCGAUUCCCCAAAUCUCCACGGAUUUCCACGCGCUGGACGAUGUGGCAUGGUAUGGAACCGGCUACUUACUCACCGUGACUGCAUUCCAGCCAGUCUAUGGAAGCUGCUAUCGCUUUUUCAAGACAGACAUAGUCUAUCGUCUGUCCAUUCUGAUUUUCGAGGUGGGGACUGUCCUGUGCGCGGCGGCAACUUCAUCCUCAAUGUUCAUCGUGGGCCGGGCCGUCGCCGGCUUCGGAGCCGCAGGAGUGCUCCAGGGAGCUUUGAGUAUUAUCGGACAGGUGGUGCAAUUGGAGAAACGACCAUUGUAUAUGGGAAUCGUCAUUAGUGUCUUUGUCAUCACCGUCUGCAUUGGUCCCCCUUUAGGCGGAGUAUUUACCCAACACGCAACGUGGCGAUGGUGUUUCUGGAUCAAUCUCCCCUUUGGUGCUGUCGUUCUUGGCGGCCUUACUGUCUUUCUUAAGAUCCAGGGUCAGGCCAACGAAGACCGGCAAUUAUCCAUACGCGCAAAGUGGGCACGCAUGGACCCUCUAGGCUGUGCCAUUUUUCUGGGGGCGGUAUGCUGCUUGCUCCUAGCCUUGCAGUGGGGUGGCCAGACCCGACCCUGGAUUUCCUCCACCGUAAUUGGGCUACUUGUCGGCGCUGCAGUGCUAGCCCUACUCUUUGUAUAUGUGCAGUGGAAGCGAAAAGAGCGGGCGCUCAUCACUCUCCGGAUCCUCCGCCGGCGGUCCGUUUACACAUCUGCCAUGGUCCUCUUCUUCUUGGGAGGAUCAACAUACCUGGACACCUACUUUCUGCCAUUUUACUUUGAGGCUGUGCAUGGAAUCAGCCCCGUCUCGAGUGGGGUCAAUUUCAUCCCUCUAAUGCUUUCCGAAAUGGUAGCAUUGAUUCUCAUCGGGGCUGUUGUUAAACAGUGGGGUCAUUACGUCCCCUACAUCCUAGCGGGAGACCUUGUCUGCAUUGUGGGAACAUCACUUUUGACACAACUGCAUCCGUUGACCCGGACUGUGCAGUGGGCCGCGUAUUUGGUGGUGACCGGCUUAGGGCUGGGACUGGCCAUGCAACUGCCGUAUACUGCCAUUCAAGUCACACUCACGGCCGACGAUCUACCAAUGGGAAAUGCAAUUGCCGUUUUAUUCUAUCAACUAGGAGGGGCUAUCGCAAUUGCCAUGGGACAGACCGUCGUGCUGAGCACGAUCACAGAGAAUCUGCACGGACAAAUCCCCGGCCUUACCAGCCAUGAUGUUUUCGCCGCCGGCGCGGCUAACCUCAGAAUCCUGGCGCCAACGGCAGCAGACUUGGAGCUGCUGCGCGAGAUUUGGAACCAGGGAAUCGCGCGCACCAUGAUCCUGUCUGCGGCGUUGGUCGCGGCCGCGGUACCCUUCACAUUGGGGAUGGAAUGGCUAAAUGCGAAACGGGUAGCAAGGGCAAGGGAGGCGCAAGAGAAGCGAGGGGGCGGGAAGACACAGGAGGAAGAGAAAAGUCAAGGAGUGGUAGUUGUGGCAGUGGAUCCUGCAAGCGUAGAUUGA